CACCCAUUCACUCACCCACUCACUCACCCAUUCACUCACUCGCUCAUUCACGGGGUGGGAAAUUUGUCUCUGAGGCGGUGACGUCACGUAUCGCAAGCCCUCGCGUGACGUCACGUAUCGCCGGUCGGCCUCGCGUGACGUCUCGCUCGGAACCUCGCCUGACGUCACGUGUCACCAGCGCCUCGCGUGACGUCACGCGCCGGGGUGAGGGGUCGCCGCGGGUACAGUGCGAGACCCGCUGGAUACAGUGCGAGAUCAAGAGCGAUGAGUUCGCGACCAGAGAGAGCGUGUGGCGUUCGCACCGCGGGACGAGGAGAUGACGAGAUGAUGAGGAGGAGGCGGGAGGAGACGGAGCGCGCCGUGAGGAUCCGCCUGUCGUGCGAGGAGCUGGCGCAGCGUGCCGUUGAGCGGCUCCUCGAGAGGAACAUCACGGCCGGAGAGCUGCUGGAGUGUGGAUCGAGGAUCCUGCCCUCGCACUACGAGGAUGUGGUGGAGGAGAGGAGCAUCGAGCAUCUGUGUGGGUACCCACUGUGCAACAACGCCCUGGUCAACGUUCCCAAGCAGCGCUACGCCAUCUCGGUGCGGAGCAACAGAGUGUACGACAUCACCCGGAGAAAGAGUUUCUGCAGCAACUUCUGCAUGCGUGCCUCCAACUCCUUCCUCGCCCAGAUCCCCAGCUCACCCAUGUGGCACCGCCCGCAUGAACCGACCCCGAACUUCAAGCUGCUGCGGGACGGUGAGAGCGGGCUGCCCGGCGAAGAGGUGCGGCUCAGCGUGGAGCGGCUCUCCCUGGGGGACGUGGAGCAGCCCCCCACGCCGCCCCCCACGGCCGCCCCCCACGCUGCCCCCCACACUGCCCCCCACGGCACCUCCAGCGGAGAUGACGACGAUGAUGAUGACGACGACGUGGAGCAGCCCCCCACGGCCGCCCCCCACGCCGCCCCCCACACUGCCCCCCACGGGGCCCCCCACGCUGCCCCCCACGGCACCUCCAGCGGAGAUGACGACGACGACGACGACGUGGAGGAGGUCGCACGGCCUGCACCUGCGGACCCUUGCACCCAGAAGCUGGAGGUGGCAGUGCCGCCCCCCCCUUGCUGCCGCCCCCCGCCGCUCGUCUCCGUGACGACGGCGAUGACGGCGACGGCGACGACGGCGCCCCGGGACUCGCGUGGGAUAAGCCGGCAGGGGGCGGCGGCGCUGGCGGCCGCCAUCGCUCGCUCGCGCGCCAGGGCGCCGCUGUCACCGCGGGGCACCGCCGUCGCCGCCGCCGCCGCCGCCGCACCCGCGCCGCCGUGCCCGCUGGCGGUGGAGGGGGCGCCGGCGCCGGGGGACGCCGCCGCCGGCGCCGGCGGGGACGGUGUCGGUGUCGGUGCGGUGGAGGCGGUGGAGGCGGUGGAGGCGGUGGAGGCGGCGCGCCGGGCGCUGAGCGAGUGGGCGACGCGCGACGCCGUCGCUCUCCUCCUCCGUCGCGACGCUGCCCGGCGUGACGAGCAGCUGGAUGAGGACGACCUCCCGGCCCCCGUCACCGCCGCCGUAGCAGCGGCGGCGGCGGUGACGGCGGCGCCGCGGGCGACUCGAGGGACUGUGGGCAGCGGCGGAGCGGCGUGUCCACCCCCACCCCCACCCCCCGCCGGGGUCGCCGGGGUCACGAGCCGCCCCGUGCCGGACUACGCGGCGCUGCGGAGGGACACUCGGGCGGCUGAGCUCCGCGUGACGGAGUUCUACGGCGGGCGCCUCGCGCCGCACGGCAGCGGCGGGGACGAGGAGGAGGUGGACGAGGAGGAGGACUACUCCGUGGUAGUCCCUGCAGUCGAUUCCAUCUCCCAGUGCCUCAUCCGACGGCGCCUCGUGGUGCAGCAGCUGAACGGAGCGCUGCCCGCUAUCCUGGCUCCCAUGCAACUAUCGCUGCGCGAGAUCGCUGGGGACAUCUCCAGCCUCGUGCUCAACUUGCGGCUGAGCCCCACCAACAUCGUCCACAGGGCUGCCACCUGGACCCUCAUCGCCCUCGCACUGCUACACGGACUGGCCGUCCGUGGGGGGCCCCUGGGCCAAGCUUGGAGCCUCCCGGCCUCCCGGGCCCACGUCUCCAAACUCCUCGACCGCUUCGGCCUCCACGGGGAUCCCGGGGAUCUGGACCGCCGCUUCCUCCACCUCCUCCCCCCGUCGUGAUGGUGCCACCACCCCCCCCCACGCCUCACCCCCCCCCCUGCC